AAAUUGGUGACCAUACGGAUAGAACAUGCACUGCAGUGACCAAUUUUGAUGGAUUGCAACAGGCAUAUAUUUUGAUACCAAUAGACUACCAAACUGAGCUAGUGUUUGAGGAGUAAAACGUAUCUGCCUGCAAGCGCUCGGGGCAAGCAUCUCCAUCUACUAGCGCGCAAUAACUGAAAUGGCACAUUUUGCCUAAGGCGGUUUUUUGCAAUGGCAUAAUGCAUGACGAUAGACGUAAUUUGGCUUUAAUGCCAGGGAGAUGUUUAAAUAUAAAACUAUUGGGGAGAAAGACGAGAACACUACCGAACUGAGAGGAUCUGCGGGCGCCCUGAAUAUGCGACAGUUUUAUUUAAGAGCCUAUCAUUUAAUAGUUUUAUGGACAUUCACAGUAUCCCUUUUAUUAGACAUUUUAUCAAAACGUUACAUGUAUGUUUUUUUUAGGACGAACGUAGCCAAUUUUCACACUCCUAAAUCCGAUGAGUGAGUUAUGACAAUUGGGAGCAAGAUUAAACCGAACACUGCUACCCAUGCAGCAGACCAGACUGCUCUCCGUUGGAAUAAAACUGCGAUGUUUUUUGGUCAAAUCAAAUUUACGUGUGAAAUAAGAAACAGUGGAUCUCAUUUUCAUCUUGAACUGAGAUGUGGCGAGAGAAAAGGCUGCUCUAUUAUAACAUAAUCCUUGCCCUGCAGGCGUUUGAAUAGCCCAGAGCAAGAAUUCUUCUAGCCCGCUUCUUAUUUAGGGACCGACUGGCUUUCUUCUCAUAAAACUCGACGGUUUCAUCAUAUCAGAAAAGGAAAGACCCGGAUAAAGACAGAUAUACAGCAAACGACGACCAAACUGGCAUAAAACAGCGAUACAAUUGGAAGGGAGAAGAGAUUACUAUGUCUUCUCUAUCCGUGUCCUCCCAGGAGGGAAGAAGCAUGUCCAGGAUGUCUAUGAGUCGUUCUCCAGUUUCUCCAAUGAAUGCCCAGGGCAUCCCAUCACCGGCCCAGCUGACUAAAGCCAACGCCCCGGUCCACAUCGACGUGGGAGGACACAUGUACACCAGCAGCCUGGGUACUCUCACCAAAUACCCAGAGUCUAGAAUCAGUCGUCUGUUUAAUGGAACAGAGCCCAUUGUACUGGACAGCUUGAAGCAGCACUACUUCAUCGACAGGGAUGGAGAUAUAUUCAGAUACAUCCUCAGCUUCCUCAGGACUUGCAAACUACUGCUCCCAGAGGACUUCAAGGACUUCCCCCAGCUAUACGAGGAGGCUCGCUACUACCAACUGACACCCAUGGUCCGCGAGCUGGAGCGCUGGCAGACGGAGCAGGAGGGCCAGAAGAGACCGCCCUGCGAGUGCCUGGUGGUCCGAGUGACCCCUGACCUGGGGGAGAGGAUUGCCCUCAGCGGAGGGAAGGUGCUCAUCGAAGAGAUCUUCCCCGAGACUGGAGACGUCAUGUGUAACUCUGUGAAUGCCGGCUGGAACCACGACCCCACGCAUGUAAUCCGAUUCCCUCUCAACGGCUACUGCAGGCUCAACUCAGUUCAGGUUCUGGAGAGGUUGUUCCAGAAGGGCUUCAGCGUGACGGCGUCAUGUGGCGGCGGAGUUGACUCCUCCCAGUUCAGCGAGUACAUCCUGUGUCGCGAGCUCCGCAGGGGUCAGCCCACCGGCACCACCAUCCACAUCAAACAAGAGCCUCUGGACUAGGUUGGGAGGAACAGAGGGACCCGUGAGAGAUCAACACGUCCGGUGCUGAUUUUCGAGUCCUAUUUACACAACUUUAACAGUGGAAAAACACACAAGGACUCUUCAUGCUUGGGAAUAUCAUUUGCCAGCGGCAAUGUAGACUGGACUAGCAAGAUGUGAGAGGGUUGUGAUUCUAUGGAGACUCAAAGACACUAAAGGGAUCCUCUGAGAUGAGUCUGUCUGAGGUGAGCUCAUUAGCUCUGUUUGUAUGGAACUCUUACUGCUGCCAUUUCCAACAGAGAUACAGUAUCUAUCAGGAUCCAAGUGAAAUGGUCUGUCACUUCUGGGCUGUUGACAACUAGGAGGAAAUAGCUCUAGUAAUAUGGUGCUCAAUUCCAGCUUAGGUUUAACUGGGGACUCCUGUUCAAGCCUCAGGAUGGGUCUACUGGUAUGACCGAUGACCUCCGCUUGAGAGACAUUAUGGCUGCGUUUACACAGGCAGCCCAAUUCUGAUCUUUUGUCCAAUGAUUGGUAAACUGUAUAAAUGCAACCAAAAAUGGCCAUGCCCUACCGCAGGAAGGACAGAACAUGUCUGUGUUUGCUUCAUUUCUUGAUGACUUCCUACCCAAGAUCUGACUGUAACGUGUAGUUAUUUGUUCAAUUAAAUGUCAAAUGGACAAUAU